AUGGAGGUGUUCAUGGAUGAUUUUACUAUUUAUGGUGACUCAUUUGCUUCUUACUUGACUGCUUUGGAUGAUGUUUUGCAAAGUGAACCCAUUAUUAUAAGAUGCAGCCCGAUCAACUCAGAGAAGGAAAAUCGUGAUUGGAUAACAAUAAUUGCCUUUCUGAUUGCCAUCUUUGCCAUUGUGUUUGCCACGUUUUCCACAGGAAUUGAUUACAAAUGCUUCCAGUUUGGAAAAGAUGAAGUGGAAGAGGAAGAUGAUGUUCCAUAUAUGUAUGGAUUUUUUCACCUGGUUUUCUCAUUAGGAGCAAUGCAUUUCGCCAUGUUAUUCAUCAGUUGGGAUCUCAAUAAUUCACCCGCCAAGUGGAGCAUUGACGUAGGGUGGGUUAGCACUUGGGUCAAAGUUAUCAACGAGUGGUUUGCAGCCUCUUUUUACUUGUGGAUGCUGAUCUCUCCUGUGGUGCGACAAAACAUCGUGACCGGCAACAAUGAACCUGUACAAGAGACAACUGACUCUUCUCUAGCUUGAGUUUUUUUUUUGGGGUAAAAUAAUAGCAUAUUUUAUUUUAUUAUAUAAGAAACUUUAUUUUCCCCCAUUUUAAAGCUAUGGCGCAAUUGUGUAGCCAUUAGUGUUAUGAAAAAGACCUUGCUGGGUUACUAGCUAUGACCAACCUUUUAUAUAUAUAUAUAUAUAUAUAUAUAU